AAUCCUAAGAAAGUAACAGGCAAUAACAGCUUGUCUUACCUCAGAUUCGAUACGAGGUUCAGUUCGUAAUCCUAAAGUCCAACUGGGCCUCCGUCUCCGUCUCUGUCUCUGCCGAUUGAUAAGAAGAGGAGGAGGAGGCAUGGUGAUGGUGAUGAGGUCUAUCUCUUCUUGCCUGACCUUAUCUCAGACACCACCACCACCUCCCCGACCCCGUGCCUCUAAUAAUCUCUCCACACAAAAACAAUGCAAGAGAAACUCGAGGAAUUAUUGCAUUACGAGGCCCCAAAUACUGCCUCCUCCUCCUCUUUCUAGGGAUGCUUUAGGCUUCAGGGUCUUCGUGCUUUCUGAUUUACACACCGACUACCCAGAGAACAUGAAUUGGGUUAAGUCCUUAUCAACUAAGGCCUACAAAAAUGAUCUUCUUCUUCUUGCUGGCGAUGUCGCUGAGACUUACCACAACUUUUACUCCACCAUGUCCCUUCUCAAGGAUAGAUUUCAACAUGUCUUCUACGUUCCUGGGAAUCAUGAUCUUUGGUGUCGCUCCGAGCCUGAGGGCCACCCAUAUUAUCUUGAUUCUCUAGACAAGCUGAAUAAAUUGCUUGAUGCAUGUAGAGGACUUGGAGUUCAAACCAGACCAAUGGUGUUAUAUGGCCUCGGAAUCGUGCCUUUGUUUUCUUGGUACCAUGAGAGUUUUGAUAGAGAGAUGGACAUUGCUGGCAUACGAAUUCCUUCUUUGGAGAUGGUAUGCAAGGACUUUCAUGCAUGCAAAUGGCCAAGGGAAAUAUCAAACAGAUCAGCCUCUCUUGCCUCGUACUUUGAUGCAAUGAAUGAAGAAAAUGAGGAUGCAGUCAAGUUAAUAAAAAAUACAUGCACUCAAAUAAUUACAUUCUCUCACUUUCUUCCCAGAGUACAUCAUUUGUCACGCCCUGUUCUUAAACCCAGGCAAGAACUCUGUCCAGAGAAAAGGAUGCUAUUUUAUCCGAACCUUCCAAAAAUCAUUGGUUCUGAUUUUCUCGAGGUUCGCAUAAGGUCAAUACAUGGAAGUGAGGGGAAUGCUUCUGCAUGCCAUGUGUUUGGUCAUACACAUUUUUGCUGGGAUUCUGUGCUUGAUGGUAUAAGGCCUUAACAGCGUUAGGAAGAUGCAGCUAUUGAUGCUUGUAAAGAGCUGGUGUUGUCGUCAAGUUUAGCAAGGAUGGUUAAUUUCAGGAGUCAGGACUGCACGAGGAAAGACUCAUUUCCCAUACAUUAUUUUCAUGGAGCAUUGACUAGAUUGUGAGCUUGGCCCCCCGUGUGUAGUUUUCUUAUGGAACCUUCUUCAAAGGAAAAUGAUGUUAAAUUUCUUGAAACUGUUAAAGAAAAAAAAUCUGGUGGAACAUCAGCAUGCCGACGGCAGAAAUUGUGCCUGAAAAUGGGAAAGCUUGUCCCCCAUUUUCAGCUAUAAAUAGAAAGGUUUAGAGAGAGCAGAAAGAACAACAAACAUAGCAAACAUGUAGAAAGAGAGCUGCUUUAGGGGAAGCAGAAGGAGCUGCCAUAAUUGGAAGCAGCAGCUGCAGUUUUCCAGCAGAGAUUGUAGUUUUAUAGCAGCCUAUUGCCAUUGUAGAUUUCCGUGUUUGCUAUCCCUUCUGCUCUCUCUAAACCUUUCUAUUUAUAGCUGAAAAUUGUGGGGGGGGCAGACUUCCCGAUUUUCAGGCACAAUUUCUGCCAAUAAUCUGCCAUAAUUCUGCCAUUAACAAAAAGAAUUGCAUAUUUUCCCAUGGAAUGAUCAUCUUUUAGCUGUGGCUGGGGUUGAUUUAAAUAAAAUCUUAGUUUUCAGAUUGAAUACGAAAAA